UAUAAAGUAUCAUCUGCAGGUUUGAUGCGUCAUUUACCUCGCAGCGUCGCCGAGAGUACAUCUUUGCAAAACUGAAGGAUCCUUGAAAAGUCUAACAUACAGAGACGAAGAUGAGUGCGAAAGUUUUCUUCUUCAUCAGUGCUCUUGUGUUUGUGAUGCAAAUUGAGGCUAAUCCGCUGUACGGGCGAGAUCUUUUUCGGAGACUGGACAUGCGGCCGAGGAUGGACGAGCAUCCGGAAGCAUACAUACGUCGACGUCUAGAUCUAAAGCCAAUGAUGGACGAGACCCCUGAUGAGUACAUUGCUCGACGUGAUGCCCUCUUAUACCGUAAGGGACUCUGUGAAGACAUGGCAGGGGCCGGGGGCUACUGUCGAAAAUGGAUACGGAUGUGUGCUUCUGAUAAGAUCGUGCAUUAUGUUGACAGAGGCAACUAUGAAUUUUUUACAGACACGCUAUGCUCGGCGACUUGUCAUCCUGAACGAUGCAGUUAGGUUGCGACAUGGUCCUUUUGGUACUUUGUUUUGAUGCAAGUUUUUUUUUCAAUCUUGUCAAGAUAAAAUGAUUUGUAAUGCUGUAAGGCUGUAAUCGUUAGCUUUAUUCGAUAAAAUUCACUUUUGUACUUUAAGAGAGUACACCCUUGUAAUUAAAAAUGUUGAUUUUAACAAUUAAAAUCCUAAUUUCCCGAAUUA